GGGAGGGAGAGCGAUGUAAACAUGUUUACCUGAAAAAUGGGACCGCUACGUUGUUAAAAAUGGCAAGAAAACCUGGCGCCUGCAUAUUUAUUCAGUGUGUGCUUUUUAAAAUCAAGUAACAAUGUGGGAUUGAAGCGGAUUUUUAAAAAGAGAAAAGUAUUUCCUUUCAGCAGGAGAAAACGAUUCCUGAUUGUCGUGUCGUGUCGAGCCGAGCUGACUAGGCUGCAGCAAAUGGCAACUUGUGCAGUCACCAACUACAACAAUGUGGUUGAAGCAAGUUCAGAUACAGAUGAUGAAGAUAAAUUGCAUAUUGUGGAAGAUGAGAGUGCAACUGAUGCUGGCGAUUGUGAUACAAAUGCAUUAGAAGAUGAUUUGCCAACAAAGCGUUCAGUAUUAUCAAGAAAAGAGGAGACAGAUGAAGAAAAUGAGAGCACCAAUUGGAUAGAUGAUGGAAGGAAAGAAAAUGCAGACAACCUGGGGCCUGAAGCUCAGACACGCAGUGAUGGUUGCACAGAAGGCUGUGAUUCCGAUGGAGAGAACUGCUUUCACAAUUCAACUGCAGGAGAUGAACAGAACAAUGAACAUGAUCCAAACGUUCAAGAAUACCUUCAGCAAGGAGACACUGCUGUCAUUUUCCCUGAAGCACCAGAAGAGCAGCAUAGACGAGGUACACCUGAGGCUUGUGGACAAGAAGAAAAUGGAACACCAGAUGCUUUUGCUCAGCUACUUACCUGCCCAUAUUGUGAUAGAGGCUACAAGCGCUUGACUUCUCUUAAAGAGCACAUUAAAUAUCGGCAUGAAAAAAAUGAAGACAACUUCAGCUGCUCCAUUUGCAGCUACACUUUUGCCUACAGGACACAACUGGAUCGUCACAUGGCUUCACAUAAGUCAGGACGAGAUCAGCGCCAUGUUGUAACGCAGACAGGUGGGAACCGGAAAUUCAAGUGCACUGAAUGUGGAAAAGCAUUUAAAUACAAGCAUCAUCUAAAGGAGCACUUACGCAUCCACAGUGGAGAAAAGCCAUAUGAAUGUCCUAACUGCAAGAAGCGGUUUUCUCACUCUGGCUCUUACAGUUCACACAUCAGUAGUAAGAAGUGCAUUGGUCUUAUAUCACUUAAUGGUAGAGCUCGUUCAGGAAUCAAGACACCUCAAGGCACUUCUCCAUCCCUUUCACCAUCAACUAAUAGUCCUGCUAGAACACAACUCCGUCAUAAGCUAGAAAACAGUAAACCUUUACAAGAACAGCCUACUGUAAACCAAAUCAAAACUGAGCCUGUGGAUUAUGAGUACAAAACUAUGGUCGUGACCUCUGGUAUCAACUGUGCAAGCUCUUUCCAAAAUGGAGGGUUUAGUGGCAAUAACCCUCUCCAGGUCACAACAUCACCUCAGAGUGUGGUUCAGGCUGUUGUGUUGCCAACUGUAGGCCUUGUCUCUCCUAUUAGCAUAAAUCUAAGUGACAUUCAGAAUGUUCUUAAAGUUGCAGUAUUAGAAAAUAAUCAUGUCACUCUCCCUUCCAAAGAGCCAGGAACAGUCUCUUCUGCAUCAGUUCAACAAAACAGUCAUUCCCUUAUUUCAUCAAUCAGUCUUCCCUUGAUUGAUCAGGAUGGAACAACCAAAAUCAUCAUCAACUACAGCUUGGAGCCAAGUCAACUUCAAGCUGUACCUCAAAAUUUGAAAAAGGAGAUUGCUAACCUAGCAGACAAUUGUACAAAUGAAAAGCCACCAGAAGACCUCACAGUCAAAACUGAGAAAAUGGAGACCAGUGUUGAAGGAGUUAGUAACACAUGUCUGCUUUGUAAUGAAUGUCCUGGUGGAUUAAAUGCACUUCACGAACUGAAGCACUAUCAACUUAAAACUGAAUCUCAUUCAGGAGAAGCCAAUAUUAAGAUCUCCGGAGCUUCUGUAUCAACAGAGGAGAACAUCUCUUCAGAUCAAGAGCCAUUGAAGAAUCUGUUGUCACUUCUUAAGGCAUAUUAUGCAUUGAAUGCAGAACCAACAUCAGAAGAAUUAGCAAAAAUUUCUGUUGCUGUAAACCUACCACUAGAAAAGGUGAAAAAGUGGUUUGAGAAAAUGCAAACUGGUCAGAUUCCAGUUGAGCCAUCUUGUCCUUCCUCUCCCACACCACGCAACAAGGAGGUCAAACCAAAUCUACUCAGUCAUACAGAUUCUUCACCUGCUAGUGACUUACAAGGCAAUACUGCAAAUUCUGAAGCUAUUGAUAAGGUGACUGAAACUCAAACUACAAGUACACCAUUUAAUGUGAUGGCAGAUCCUUCAAGGAGUAAUACUCCCUCCCCAUCACCUCUAAAUCUCUCUUCUGCAUCUUCAAGAAAUUCACAAAGCUAUCUGAACACACCCGAUGGCAACCAAGAGGAUUUACAGUUAGAACCUCUUGAUCUGUCACUUCCACGGCAGCAAAAAGAGGGACUUGAAAGACCCACAAUAACCAGUGUUUACCACAGCAGUGUUCAUUAUGUUCAAGAGGAGCCCUUAAACCUAUCUUGUUUAAAAAAAGAACAAAUAGAAAAUGAUCAUUCAGAAGGAAACUCAAGUGCCAAACCUAUAAGUAUUGCAAUCCCUACAAAUACAACUCCAAUACCCACAAUUGUUGCCAUUUCAAGCCAAAACAGUGUUCCAUGUCUCAGAGCCUUAGCUACAAUAAAGCAGGCCGGUUUCAUUCCACAGGUGGCCUACACAUAUAAAUCAACCAAUUCAAAUGGAUCUGAAUCACAACAGAAACCAAUUCAAGCGAAUGGAAAUCAUGCACAGGAAAAGCAGGAGACAAGUUCCGGAGAUGUGCCCAAUACUGAUGAUCAGAAUGAUUCAGACUCUAUGCCUCCUCGUAAGAAAAUCAAAAAGACAGAGAAUGGAAUGUAUGCCUGUGAUUUGUGUGAUAAAAUAUUUCAGAAAAGCAGCUCUCUUCUUAGACACAAGUAUGAGCACACAGCAGGGCGACCAGAACUGCACACAGUACUCCUGAAGAGGCCUCACCAACAUCCUGUACAACCUCAACAUGACGUCUCAACUCCUAUGCUCAAAGGUCUGAGCAUUGAAGGUAAACGACCUCAUCAAUGUGGAAUUUGUAAGAAAGCAUUCAAACAUAAGCAUCAUUUGAUCGAACACACUCGACUGCACUCUGGAGAGAAACCAUAUCAGUGUGAUAAAUGUGGCAAACGUUUCUCGCAUUCCGGCUCCUACUCUCAGCACAUGAACCACCGUUACUCAUACUGUAAGCGAGAAGCUGAAGAACGGGAAGGAGCAGAGCAAGAGGAGAUUGGGCCUGAUUCACUGAACAACAGUGAGUAUACAGACAACAGGACCUCUCCGUCCCACGUGGACUCAGAUGACAAGGACAGCACUGCAAGGGAAGAUGAAAGUGAAAAGGAGGAGGAAGAAAAAGAAAGUGAUGAAAUGCAGGAUAAUUGUGCAAAGGAAUUGAGAGAAGAAUCCGAGGAGGAGGAGGAGGAGGAAGUGGAAGCAGAAGGAGAAGCAAAUGGAACAGAUGUAAUGAGUGAUGUGGAACAGGAAAAUACAGUAAAUAGUCUGAAGGCUUUGGAAGUUAAUACAGCAGAAAAAAUGUAAUGAAUACUUGAUCAGGAAUUUAAAUUGGAGAAGGAAUAUUCUGCACCUAAUAUUGUACCAUGUAAAACAAAAAUUCCAGAAACACUCAAUUACUGUGUUUUCACUACUGUGUAGAAACCCUGGUGUGCCUGAACCUCAACAAUUAACAAUUUACCAUAUAAACUGUCAAGAUAUUAGGAAUGAUAUUUGUAUUAAAAUGCAAAAAAAAAUUGCAAGUGAUAAAUUGCAUAAACUGUCUUGAUUCAAAAGGCAAACCAACAGGUUUUAAAAGAAUUUGCUACCAGUCAUCCUGUAUUAUCUGUUUACCUGUAUUGCUCUUCAUUUUGCUGUUCAUGUAUCCCAUUAACUUCAACACUGUACAGCUGGGAGAGAUUUCUAUGAAAAUUUCUAUUGCAAAUGCAAGUAUUAAUUGUAGACUUGUAGUACUACAGCUCUCUACUCCAUUGCUGAACCUUAGUGUUUCAUUGGUUUGAAGGAUGUGAAAAUUUCUGCACUACAGAAUUCCCUUUAUACUUGUAUCUAACAUACUCCUAAGUAUUAUUGUCUACCUUUAUCAGUAUCGCACUAGAGAUUAGUUAUUGAUAACAUUAGUUGACCUUAUUUUAGAGUAUAAAUUCAUUUGAAGCAUAAUGUUAGCCUUAAAGCAGCUACUAGAAAAUAAAACUGAGAAGGAUGUGGUAAGACUUGUAGUUAGAUGUAUAGCGGUUUGUUACCAAGUCUUCAAAGUAAGAACUAACAGUAUUAGUGUUGGAGAGAACAGAAGUCAGUGUUUUGAGUGACAGUGUUAAUUAGGUAAAUGAGGAUUAUGGUAUGGAGCUUUGUAUCCCCCUGGCCUUAUGCAAGACCUGUGUGCUGCAAGUGCCAUUUUACAAAACAGUAUUAUGGAAAUGUGGCUGUAACCAGCCCUUAGCUUUGGUGCAAGUUAUUAACAGUGUUAGCUGAUUUUUAUUUCAGUAUUAUUUUAAUUCAAAUUAUGACAACUUAGUUUCCUAUGUUUGUGCAAAUUUUGUACUGUAUGUCCUUGAACCUGGCAGUAUUAAUACCCUACUUACUGACACGUGUAACUUUUAGUUUUAGAAAACUUUUAUAUUUAUGUGUCUUAUUUUUAUAUUUCUUUAUUAUUUAUUACACAAUGUAGUGUAUAAUACUGUAGUUUGUAUUAAUACAAUAAUAUAUUUUAGUAAGAAAAAAUGAUUUGGAAGGUUGAUAAGAAUUCAAAGCAGAAAUACAAUUGGUUCUCUUGCAAUGAGAUUUUGUUUAAGUGUUAUGUAACAAUACUACUUGCCUUGGACUGUAGAGUUAGAGUAUCAAACGGGAAUGUAUAAAUUUUACAUUCAGAAUUCUGUUAUUUGCCCUGCCUCACUUUUAGAACGUUGGGCUACUGAAUUUCAAAUAUAAUGUACAGCAUGGUAUUUUUGCAGUUUUUUUAAAUUACUGUGUAACCAUGAAACUGUAUUACUAUCCUCAAUGAGCCAAAUUACGAAGUCAUGCGCAGUGUUGGGAACAUUUUUUGCUUUGUGCCAGUUUGUUUUAGUCUACAUCUGAUACAAACCAGAAGUUUUUUUUUAAUUGCCUAGUUACAUAGUCAUUUUCUAGUUUUAUACCAAACUCCCCAUCUCACAAUAAAAUGCAUCAGCAAACUGUUUGAAGAUUUGACUUCACUGCUGUGUUAAUUCUGUUCCAGAAAUAUUAUAGACAUCGUAUUAUGUAUGUUAUUCAAGAUUUUGGCUAAUUUGUGACUUUUGAAAUCAUGGGCUUGUGAUU